AUGAUUGACCAUGAACUGCUCACGGACUGCCGGAAUACUCUGGCGGGCGGCGUAGCAGGAGGAGUCAUGAAGCGCCAAAGCAUCAGAGAGAACGACGACGACGACGACGACGACGACGACGACGACAGGGAGGGCUGUGACAGGCGAGGUAUCAAAUAUUUAUCGCGACGGGCCCGCGCAACUGUAGUUAAGAAUGGGCCGGCUCUGGGCAGCUGCCAGAGACAGCCACUGGGGUUGGUUACCACCAAGGCUGGACCUGGAUUUCCUCUUGUCCUUCGCAUGGCAGACACGGAUGCGGGUUCCAUCAAUCAGCAUACGGAGUUGUUCUCUGCUCCCCGUAGGCACCCCCUGAAGUGA